AUCGCACCAGUAGUCUCAGUGGGGGUGAACAACUACACACACAAAAAGCGGCUCUCCUCUAGUUUCUGCACACUUGUUCUCGCAAAGUGAUUUAGAGAUGCAGAGCUGCGCCAAGUCCUGGGGGAUUUUCUUGGCCAGGUCGGUGAGUGCCGGCGCACCGUGCAGGCGUCUGAGUGACAAGAGCCGCGUGGUUUGGAAACUUCAGUCCGGGAUUGGAAACAGCGGCGCAUCCUUCCUCACAACAGCCCGCGGUCUGAGGACGACCGCAGCCGCCGCCUCCUCCUCCUCCUCCUCUUCCAGGCAGAUUGAGAGAAUAUUACCCCGACAUGAUGAUUUCUCGGAGAGGCACAUUGGUCCAAGUGAGAGGGAGAAGAGAGAAAUGCUGGAUGCUCUGGGAGUCGAGUCACUCGACCAGUUGAUCGAAAACACAGUUCCGUCCUCCAUCCGAAUGCGGCGGAGUCUGAAAAUGGAUGAUCCAAUCUGUGAGAGUGAGAUUCUGGACACUCUACAGGAGAUUGCAUCAAAAAACAAAGUCUGGAGGUCCUACAUCGGCAUGGGCUACUACAACUGCCUGGUGCCGCCGGCCAUCCAGCGUAAUCUCCUGGAGAAUUCAGGCUGGGUGACUCAGUACACACCCUACCAGCCCGAGGUCUCUCAAGGUCGCCUGGAGUCGCUGCUCAACUACCAGACCAUGAUCUGCGACAUCACCGGGAUGCCCGUGGCCAACGCGUCGCUGCUCGACGAGGGAACGGCUGCUGCUGAGGCCAUGCAGCUCUGCCACAGACAGAACAAAAGAAAAACCUUCUACAUUGACCCCCGCUGCCAUCCCCAGACCAUCGCUGUGGUGCAGACCAGGGCCAACUACAUCGGGGUGAAGACGGUGCUGAAGCUUCCUCAUGAGAUGGACUUCACCGGGAAAGAUGUGAGCGGGGUGCUCUUCCAGUACCCAGACACCGACGGCCAGGUGGAAGAUUUCACGGCCCUCGUGGACCGGGCCCACCAGGGAGGGGCGCUGGCCUGCUGUGCCACCGACCUGCUGGCCCUCUGCGUGCUGCGUCCUCCUGGGGAGUUUGGCGUCGAUAUCGCACUGGGCAGCUCCCAGAGGUUCGGGGUUCCUCUCUGGUACGGCGGCCCCCAUGCCGCCUUCUUCGCCGUUAAAGACAACCUGAUCCGCAUGAUGCCCGGCAGAAUGGUCGGAGUAACCAGGGAUGCAGCUGGUAAGGAGGUUUACCGGCUCGCCUUGCAGACCAGAGAGCAGCACAUUCGCAGAGACAAGGCAACCAGCAACAUCUGCACUGCACAGGCGCUGCUGGCCAACAUGGCUGCUAUGUUUGCUCUGUAUCACGGUCCUCAGGGACUCAAACACAUCGCCGAGAGGACACACAAUGCUGCUUUGAUCCUGGCUGAAGGCCUGAAGCGAGCAGGACACCGUCUGCACAGUGAGAUGUUCUUCGAUACUCUGAAGAUCAGCUGCAGCGUGGCGGCCAAAGACAUCCUGGAAAGAGCCGUGCAGAGGCAGAUAAACCUGAGGGUCUACACCGAGGGAGUGCUGGGCGUCUCUCUGGACGAGAUGGUGACCGAGAAGGACUUGGAUGACUUGCUCUGGGUCUUUGGCUGUGAAUCUUCAGCAGAGCUGAUCGCUGAGAAGAUGGGCGAGCAAGUGAACGGGAUCAUGGGAAGUCCUUUCAAGAGGACGAGCCCGUACCUGAUGCACCAGAUCUUCAACAGUCAUCACUCUGAGACCAACAUUGUGCGCUACAUGAAGCGCCUGGAGAACAAAGACAUUUCCCUGGUCCACAGCAUGAUCCCACUGGGCUCCUGCACCAUGAAGCUCAACAGCUCCUCAGAGCUCAUGCCAAUCACCUGGAGGGAGUUUGCCAACAUCCACCCCUUCGUGCCGUUGGAUCAGGCGGAUGGCUACCAGAUUCUCUUCAGACAGCUGGAGAAGGACCUCUGUGAAGUGACGGGCUACGACCGGAUCUCCUUCCAGCCAAACAGUGGUGCUCAGGGAGAAUACGCGGGCCUGGCUGCCAUCAAAGCCUACCUGAACUCAAAGGGAGAGAGCGCGAGAACUGUCUGCCUGAUCCCCAAGUCGGCCCACGGCACCAACCCGGCGAGCGCUCAGAUGGCCGGCAUGAAGGUCCAGGUGGUGGAGGUGGACAAGGACGGCAACAUCGACAUGGCACACCUCAAGGCACUGGUGGACAAACACAAGGCGAGCCUGGCCGCCAUGAUGGUCACCUACCCGUCCACCUUCGGCGUGUUUGAGGAGCAGAUCAGAGACGUAUGUGAUCUCAUCCACAAGAACGGAGGCCAGGUGUACCUGGACGGCGCCAACAUGAACGCCCAGGUUGGUCUGUGUCGUCCUGGAGAUUAUGGCUCUGACGUUUCUCAUCUCAACCUGCACAAGACCUUCUGUAUCCCUCACGGUGGAGGAGGCCCUGGCAUGGGGCCAAUUGGAGUGAAGGCCCACCUCGCCCCCUUCCUGCCGAGCCACCCCGUGGUUCCCAUGCACGCGGUCAACGCCAGCAGCUCGCUGGGCACCAUCAGCGCCGCCCCCUGGGGCUCCAGUGCCAUCCUGCCGAUCUCCUGGGCCUACAUCAAGAUGAUGGGAGCCAAAGGACUUCUUCACGCGACGGAGAUUGCCAUCCUCAAUGCCAACUACAUGGCCAAGAGGCUGGAAAGUCACUAUAAGAUCCUCUUCAGAGGCAGGAAAGGUUUUGUAGCCCACGAGUUCAUUCUGGACGUGAGGUCGUUCAAGAAGACGGCUAAUAUUGAAGCCGUCGACGUGGCCAAGCGGCUGCAAGAUUAUGGUUUCCAUGCACCCACCAUGUCGUGGCCGGUGGCCGGCACCCUCAUGAUCGAACCCACGGAGUCGGAGGACAAGGCCGAGAUGGACCGGUACUGCGACGCCCUGCUCGGUAUCCGUCAGGAGAUCGCCGACAUCGAGGAGGGAAGGAUGGACUCUCGCAUCAACCCGCUCAAGAUGGCUCCUCACUCUCUGGCCUGCAUCUCGUCCUCCACCUGGGACCGGCCCUACUCCAGGGAGCACGCCGCUUUCCCCUUGCCCUUCAUCAGACCCGAGAACAAAUUCUGGCCCAGCAUCUCCAGGAUCGACGACAUCUACGGGGACCAGCACCUGGUGUGCACCUGCCCGCCCAUGGAGGCCUACGAGUCUCCGUACGAGGAGAAGAGGGCCUCCUCAUAAAGGUGCCUUAGUCGUCCGGGAUGACCUCUCGAUGAACUUUGGCGCCCACGGAAUUUCUCCUCUGAACCAGGCGGUCGACCAGGGCGACGAACACCGUCGAUGAAAUGAUGCAGACGCCCGAGAGGUAGAAGGCGGAGCUGUAGUCGUCCGUCUGGUCCACCAGCCAGCCUGCAACACAGGAACAAGGAACACAAGACACACGGGGGCGAGACAUAAAUAAUCACAUCAAUAAAUAAGUGUGUGUUUACACGUGUAAGACCGUCUGCAGUGAGAAGUUUGUGCCACUCUUACGAUACCAUGACAUUUUUGAUUUAAUACUACCACUGUUAUAUUAUUAUAUUAUCAAUACUUUAUGAUGAAAGUUGGACAUUUUUAGCAACAUCUUUUUAUGACAUUUUAUUUUGUAGUAAAACUCAAUUCAUGUCAUAUCAUAAAAUAUAAAGGAAGGAAAAAAAUAUCUAAAAUAUAUCGAUAAUUACUAGGAACCAUUUGAAAAAAGGUUCAAAAAGGUUACCCGGCACAGAUAAUAGUAGGCUAUUAUUUGAUGUCUGCCAUGUUUUUUUACUGUACGAGGGGUUCUCCCAUCUUUGGUGAAUUCUAGGGACACCAACAAGGUGCUACUUGCUCAGCUUUCUCCAAGUCGUCACUCUUAACUUGAUGGAUAUUUGUAAUUGGAGUAAUUGGAAGAUGCAUUCUUGAAAUAGAAUGUGUAUGAUUGAAAUCUUAAAAAGGCGAGCAUUUCGUAUGAAAUGUUCCUGAGGGCCGCCCUCUGAAAGACGAUGGCGUACAGCAGCCUUGUUGCCAGCGCUGACGGGUAGCUCGGUACAAUAAUAACAUGCCGAGGUUUAGCAGGGAUAAUAUUGACCGUGUUCACCAUCUUAGUUUAAUGUUUGAAUCUCAUUAUUCAAUUCAAUGUUUACCAUGCCUAUUGUUUUUAUAAUUUUUCAAACAAUGUUAUUGUUUUAUUCUAUGUUUAUUGUUAUGCCCCUUCACCGAGUCAAAUUCAUUGUAUGUGCAACGUACUUGGUUAAUAAAUAAUUCUGAUUA